AUAUGAUGCAUACACCCAAGGUGAGGGAUCUCAGCCGUAUCUCUCCACGCGAGGGAUCCCCAUGCCCGAGGAGACUCGUGUACCAGAUUUAAACCAGCACCACGUACAAUGGCCAGACAGUAUAGGAGAGGGAUAUGCUCAGGACACACCUGAUGUUAAUUGGGGCGAUGAGAACACCCAACGCGGCGUCAACACAGGCCUCCGGGGAGCAUCACAUGAUCAUGGCGUCAACACAGGCCUCCGGGGAGCAUCACAUGAUCUUGGCGACACGGUUACGUCAUUAGUUACAGAGUUCUUCGGAGGGGAUGUUAUUGGCCCAUCUUUUAUCCCCCCGGAGUCACAACCAUACGCCUACAAUUACGCUUCAGGUUCGCAACAAGGAUUCGCGACUCCACCACCUACGCAGGACUCGCAGACACAUGAAGCCGAAUUGGAGUACGGCCGCGGUCUUCGUGUGCCCCGGCCACCUAAUCGCUUGUCGCCUUCUGGUCGUAAGGAAAGGCCAGGUGGUCGUCGUUAA